GGGAAGUCUCGCGAUGCCGUAGCCCAGUGCUCCCGCUGCGGGAGGCGCAGGCUGUUGCUGUGGUUGCCUCAGUUGCUGCUGCGGCGGCGGCGGCAGCGCUGGUGGAGGUGUCGGCUCUUGGGCGGAUGUUGACAUUGUGUUGUUGUUAUUGCUGACGGUAAUGGCGGCGGCGACGGCCGGGACCCCGUCUCCUCUGUAGCCGACGCCGAGACAGCCCAGAGUGAACUCCGCGGCCUCGGAGCCCGCGGCAGCGACUCCCCUCAGCCUCCGCCGCCUUGCCAGCCCGUAUCCCGGCCUCAGCCCCUGGACAGGCCCCUUCGGGCAGGGGGCCUCGGAGGCUCAGGAUGGCGGAUUUCGACGAGAUCUAUGAGGAGGAGGAGGACGAGGAGCGGGCCUUGGAGGAGCAGCUGCUCAAGUACUCGCCGGACCCGGUGGUGGUCCGCGGCUCCGGUCACGUCACCGUAUUUGGACUGAGCAACAAAUUUGAAUCAGAAUUCCCUUCUUCAUUAACUGGAAAAGUAGCUCCUGAAGAAUUUAAAGCCAGCAUCAACAGAGUUAACAGUUGUCUUAAGAAGAACCUUCCUGUUAAUGUACGUUGGCUACUUUGUGGCUGCCUUUGUUGCUGCUGCACACUAGGUUGCAGUAUGUGGCCAGUUAUUUGCCUCAGUAAAAGAACACGAAGAUCGAUUGAGAAGUUAUUAGAAUGGGAAAACAAUAGGUUAUACCACAAGCUGUGCUUGCACUGGAGACUGAGCAAAAGGAAAUGUGAAACGAAUAACAUGAUGGAAUAUGUCAUCCUCAUAGAAUUUUUACCAAAGACACCGAUUUUUCGACCAGAUUAGCAUUUACCUUAUUUAUAGAGACUUUCCAAGUAUGUUGUCUUUCCAAUGGUGCCUUGCUUGGUGCUCUCCUGGUGGUGACAUAACAUUGGUUCUACAGAAUCGUGUGGUGUUUUUUUCCGUUUUUGUUUUUUUAAAUAACCGCAUGUUCUAAGUGUGCAUUUUUGUCAGACUUCGCAACAGUUAUUUCAUACAGAUGUUUAAUACUUAAGUUAUUGUGCUCUUUUAUGUUAUAUAUUCUGAUUUUCAAGGAUUACUUUUUUGUAUUAUCAAAAAAAUACAUUUGAACUUAGCAUAAAAA